ACAAAUUCUGAAUGCAGUUAGAGGAUACUGGAAAGCAGGGUGUCUGGACGGAGCCUGAGCUGGAUCUCUGACUCAUUUCUGACUUUAGUUUUUUCAAGGGGGAACAUGGCAAAGAUGUUCAGUUUCAUCCUUGUCGCCACCGCUCUGAUAAUGGGCAAGGAAAGCUGGGCACUUGAGGACUGUGCCCAGGAGCAGGCUCGGCUCAGAGCCCAGGUGCGCCUGCUUGAGACCCGGGUCAAACAGCAGCAGGUCAAGAUCACGCAUCUUUUGCAGGAGAAGGAAGUCCAGAUGCUUGAUAAAGGAGAAGAGAGUAGUGUCGUUCACACUGGAGGCAAGAGGCAGUAUGCAGAUUGUUCAGAGGUUUUCAAUGAUGGGUAUAAGCUCAGUGGAUUCUACAAAAUCAAACCUCUCCAGAGCCCAGCAGAAUUUUCUGUUUAUUGUGACAUGUCCGAUGGAGGAGGAUGGACUGUAAUUCAGAGACGAUCUGAUGGCAGUGAAAACUUUAACAGAGGAUGGAAUGACUAUGAAAAUGGCUUUGGAAAUUUUGUCCAAAAACAUGGUGAAUAUUGGCUGGGCAAUAAAAAUCUUCAUUUAUUGACCACUCAAGAAGACUACACUUUAAAAAUCGACCUUGAAGAUUUUGAAAAAAAUAGCCGUUAUGCACAAUAUAAGAAUUUCAAAGUCGGAGAUGAAAAGAAUUUAUAUGAGUUGAAUAUUGGGGAAUAUUCUGGAACAGCUGGAGAUUCCCUUGCGGGAAAUUUUCAUCCUGAGGUGGAGUGGUGGGCUAGUCACCAAAGAAUGAAAUUCAGCACAUGGGACAGAGAUCAUGACAACUACGAAGGGAACUGCGCAGAAGAAGAUCAGGGUGGCUGGUGGUUUAACAGGUGUCACUCUGCAAACCUGAAUGGGUUUUACUACAGCGGCCCCUACACGGCUAAAACAGACAAUGGGAUUGUCUGGUACACCUGGCAUGGGUGGUGGUAUUCUCUGAAAUCUGUGGUUAUGAAAAUUAGGCCAAAUGAUUUUAUUGCUAAUGUAGUUUAAUCGUUCCUGCUGGGCUUUUAUUUCUGCAGUUCAGCUUUUGUUUAAAGUGAUUUGAAAAACAGUAAUUCUGAGCAUACGCAGAACUGUUGUUGAGCACUGCUUUUCACCCUUCUUACUUGCCUUUGUUACUUAAUGUACUUUCGGUACAGCAGAUAUGCAAUAUUCAACAAAUAAAUGUAAAUCGUGUUACCAUU